UGGUAGUAAUGUUUUCGUCAUAGGAAGCAACAAUUUUACUUUUUAUACUACUCAGCGGGUUCCAGGGCGUUCUUGUGUGCCGGUUAACCUUAUCCUAUCAAAAUGGCCAGCAUUGAGAACCUGAAUGAUGACUGCAUGCUUAAAAUUGUAGAGUACCUGAAACUGGAGGAGCAGUUGCAACUAUGGAAGAGUGCGGAGCCCUCAUCACGCCUGAGAUCGGUGAUUUCGUACACAUGGCAGCACCAGGCUGAGCACUCCGUGAGCCAGGAAACAUUUGAGGGAUUUCCAGAUGUCCUCGACGAAUUCCUGCAGUGCGUCUGCUUCACUGUGACGGAACUCACACUCCGAUACCUGAGCAUGGAGCAACUCGAGCAAUGGAAGAACCACACGUUUCCCAAUUUGAGGGAGUUGACCUACAUGGGAGACGAAAACAAUGAGAUAGACGGGGACUCCGAUAUCGCCAUUCUUGUGGAAUGUUUUCCGCACCUGGAAGCCAUUGGGCUCAGUGGAAACUCCAGUGGCGAACAUAUCAGUCGUUUGAGGAACCUUCGCCGACUUGACCUUCAACUAUGUUGGUACUUCAGCACCCAGUGCUUCGAGGAAAUUUGCAAGAACCUUCGACUUCAAACACUGAGCGUCCAAUGGCAUCGAGCUGAGGAGGAUGCCUACGUUCAGGCCAUCAGCGGGCUUCAGGAACUGGAGGAGCUGGAGUUAGACAUAGUUCACCUAAGCACUGAAAACACAAGCAAACUGUUGCGUCUGCCCAAGCUAAGAAAGCUUCGCCUGCACAAUUUCGAACAUUUGGAAGAUCUACUGUCGGAAAUUGGUCUUCAAAGGGGCCGGAACGUGGUGACCGCCGCUUUUAGCGAUAAUAUCUGGAUGUGGUCCACCACGGUGUUGGCUAGGUUUCAGAGUCUUCGAUGCCUAACUAUUGUCGACGAUGAAGGUUGUUGUGCCGUUGACUUCCGACCAAUAAUCAACUGCUUUCCUCUUUUGGAGCAACUGCAUUUGGAGAAAUCUCGCCUUUGGCUCAAUGCCGACGGGUUAUGGGACGUAGUCCUCGCCUGUCCCCGACUUCAGGUUCUCAGUAUAUCCAACCAGAUUCUAUAUGACGAGUUUUUCGUCUUUAGUAAAUCAACUAUGAAUCGUGCUUUAGAUCAGCGAAAGGAAGCAUUGAUCAUGCAUUUUUAUAAAACAGACAAGGAAGAUUUGAUUUCCCAGAAUUUUAGACAUCCGAAACUUAAUGUUUCCUUUAAUCCGACGAACAGCAUUUAUUCCCAAUUACCUGGCGAGUGUAUAGAGCUUGAACUGAUAAACCAAGAAUCGUGACGUUAUAAAUUAUUCAUUUUAGGGACCAACAUUGUGUUAUUUAAUUGUUAAACCUUUUAAAUUGUAUUCCCUUGGAAUGUUUAUAACCAAAAUUAAAGUGAUUGAAUAGAGGACAAAAAACAUAAACUGCAAAGUUAAAGUCAUCUGCCUAAAUAAGAAGCUAAUAGUUUAAUAUUACUUUUGUUUAUUAUUCGUAUAAGUAAAUAUUCUUCUUAAGGUUUUCUCUUUAGAUCAUGUAAACCCUGAAAUUGUGCCUUGGAAAGUACGUUAAUUUUUUUAAACUCUAGCGAAUAAAGUUUUUUGUUGACUAAUAAA